ACCACCUCCCUCUGACAUCUCAACACCUAUGCCCAUCCUGAAACCUCUCACUUCAGCCCGACAUGUCUAGCUGAUCUGAAAGGACCCUCGACGACCGAUCAUGCCUCCUCACCGAUCGACUCGACGAAACGCCGCGACUCGUAUCACACUCCCAUCAAUGGCAUCACUUGACCUCCCGAUGCCUUUCAAGAGGGACCGAUCAUUAGCCAUGGAGUGUCCCUCGGCAGAAGAGCUGCUCAGAAGUAGGUUGAGGCCGGCGGAGAGGCCGAAGAGUCCAGCUCUUUCGGUUCAACCCUCAGGACCACCACCCCUUCUCGCAUCACCCUCGGCAUGUGCCCAGCAUCAUGUGACAUACUUUCCCUACACCACUCGCUGUCCACCCUUCCGACCCAGCUCAUAUCGAAGGCAGCACAUUCAGCUGUCCCCGAUCCUCAGACCCUUCACAGCUAAUAGCAAUCCUUCCUACAUGGUAUCCAUCCUGCAUGGCAUUCCGUCCAGAUUCCAACCGCGUCAACCACUUCCUCAUGUAUAUCCGCCACAGGGGACGUCAUUGAUCCCAUCUGAAGCAAUACAGCAAGCGUCAGACCUCCCUCGCCAGUGCCAGUCAGAUGGAGAGGCAGGGAGACAGAUACGCCCCACCCACACGACUAAAUCACUGCUAGUGACCUCACUUAGCUCGGCUCACCAGUAUCACAAGCCGCGUCCCGGCUCUUUGGCAGACAUACGAGCUAGAGCAGGGCUGAGUCGGAGGUCGUAAGUGUGCCGGGGCCAAUGAGUCGGCGUCAGGCUUCAUCAUCCUGGGUGGAUCGUAAUCAUAUUAAGUGGGCUCGUAGCAUCAUCGGUUGUAUUCUCAUAGACUCGAAAUGAUCAAGUAAGAUGCAUUCGCUGGAAACCUAGCUGAGUUAU